AUGCCGGAUUUUUCCCUCAAAACAAUACACGUGAAAUCAUACAAACUCGAUGUAAAAAGCCCCGGCCAAAGCCUCAUGGUCUCGUCGGCUUUCUCUUUAGAUAUAAUCACAUGUAAUCCUAACAAGGUUGGAUUAAGCUACCACCCUUCGAGAUUCCACGUCCUGAGCCAAGGAUUAGUAGUGGGAUUGAUUAUAAUCCCGGACUUUCAUCAGCCCCCAUUGAGCAAAAACGUAACCCUCGAGACGCGAGUGUUUGUCGAAUGCUUAAACGUUAGCGAUAUUAUUUAUAGAAAUUCUAAGAAAGAUGGCUCGUCAAGAGAAGGCUCGGCUGGCAUAAGGAUAUUAGGCGAUGUUAAAGCAGAGGUUCGAGUUUUUCGCGUCACAUUGCCUAAGAUUAGGAUUGCUUUGGAUUGUGAAAUAGAAGUUAACGAGUCGAGAUUUUCACUGAGUAGUGAAGUUUACGGCAUGAAAUCGAGUCACGAACGCUUGGCACGUGCGGCUAAACUGUCGAUCUUGAAUCGAUUUCAGAUAUCACUUCCAUUCAAUUCACAUACAAUCUCCAAGAGAUGUUCAGCAGCUCUGUUAGUGUAA